AUGAAUACGUAUGUUAAUGCUUUUAAAACCGGUUUGAACUCUUUACCAGAAGAUUGCGAUUUGACGAAUAUGUAUGGUCGUCUCACACGCGGUGUAAAAGAAGAUGAUUUUUCUCGUUUGUCACACGAUCCCACUAAACGUCUUUCAUGGGUAUUUGAUCAUAAGACACUUCGUCGACUUCUCAAAAUGUCUCAUUUAGACAUGUUACUUUAUAUAGGGCAUACACCCGAAUGGAUUCGUUGCCAAUUAGGAAAACAGCAUAAAUUUAAAUUGAUAGUUUUCUCUGCACCAUCUGAUGAAGUUAAAUUAGCAACAUGGGAUAAUAUAUUUGAUCUGCUGACAAAAGCCUAUCCUGAAAUUGAUUCUGCUGUUUGGAUACGUUAUGCUGAUGAAUUGAAGCAAAGAACAUUCCAAGAUAUUGACCCUGAAUAUAUUAUUGUUAAAAACUAUUAUCUCGGGCCAAAAUCUGACGGUUUCAUGCAUCUAAAUCGUUUUCUCAAUUUGAAAGAACCACCAACAUUGUUACACGUUCGAGCAUUUCUACACAAUCAGAUCGGUUUGAAUGAAUUGUUCGGCGGUGAAGGAAAAACAAUUACGCAUGAAGGAAAUUUAACGUCGGACGAGUAUUUAACACGAAGUCGACCGUUGCAUGACUUUAAUGAGUAUGCAGUAUUAGAUCUUAAUCCUGUUCUAACAGCUUGA